AUGGCGGCCCCUCGCUUUCUCCUCGUCCUCCUGGCGCUGGCGACCCCCGGCUCGCCGUGGGGCGAGCGGAUCCUGGGGGGCCGCGAGUGCCCCACGUCGGCCCACCCCGGCCUCGUCCUCCUCUUCUACUUCGACCAGCACCAGUGCGGGGGGGCCCUGCUCAGCACCCAGUGGGUGCUCACGGCCGCCCACUGCCAGACUAGACACAUCCAGGUACGGGCCGGGGAGCGCAGCCUGGCGGAGGUGACGGGGCGGGAGCAGUUCGCCACGGCCGUGGACAUCGUGGUCCACCCCGACUUCGACGGCGGGGACGGGGACGGCUCCUACGCCCACGACCUCAUGCUGCUGCGCGUUGAACCCCCCUUCAAAGUCACCCCCUACGUCCAGCCCUUGGCCCUGCCCAAAAGUCCCCCGGCCACCGGCACCAACUGCACCGUCAUGGGAUGGGGCACCACCACCAGCCCCCAGGAGACCUACCCUGACACCCCCCAGUGCGUGAACGUCACCGUGGUGGGGGACAACGACUGCCAGAAGGUCUACGGCAGCAAAGUCACCAAGGACAUGUUGUGCGCCGGCGUGGCUGCGGGGGGCAAGGACUCCUGCCAGGGUGACUCAGGGGGACCCCUCAUCUGCAACGGGGUCCUGCAAGGCAUCGUCUCGUGGGGCGACCACCCCUGCGGGCAGGCGGGGAAGCCGGGGGUCUACAGCCAGGUCUACAACUACCUGCCCUGGAUCCUGGAGACAAUGGGGGAGGACUGA